CGGCUGCUCUUACGCCUGAGACAUGACGCCAACAGAACCAAUUGGAUCGCCGAAUGCGGCCCCUAGUGGCCCUGGGUGGCUGGCGCUGAUCUUAUCUUUGGGACCCACGGCUGCUGGGUUCGCAAUUGCUGGUGUAAUAUGGCACGCAACACGUGACCAAACUGUGCAGAUGCAUUCAGAGUUUCAUUCAGGCAGGAACGAAGAUGCCAUUAAGAAGCAACUGCGUGAAUUGCAGAACGAUUUGGCCGUUGUCAAGAAGGCCAUUGUGGUGAGCAAGCCAGACUACAAAAACAGCGGAUACCGAAAUGCCAAGCAAUGAACAUAUGUCGGUCCGUCACUAAUUGUACUUGUAUUUGUUGUGUCGGGGUUUGCAAGUGGUCAUCGUGCAAGUAGUGACCCUCUAUUGUGCAUCAAACGCAAUUCAUAGGGUUCCAUUCAGAGUUGAUUUAUGCAUCCGAUCAGUGUUGUUUAUUGUGUUACAGGAUAUCUUCGUUCUCAAACGCUGUAAUGUGCAAAGUAUAC